AUGGAGAAUUCCAAUCCAGUUGCUACUCUUAUGGCAUCCACCACCAAACUCAUCAAAACAAGGUUUGCUGCCUUGUCUGAUGCCUCUCACUACAGGUCCAUUGUAGGGGCCCUGCAGUAUGCAACAAUUACACGCCCAGAAAUCUGCAAUGCUGUUAACAAAGUAUGUCAGUUCAUGGCACACCCCUUGGAGUCCCAUUGGCUAGCUAUCAAGCGUAUUCUACGCUACCUAAAAGGCACUAUCACCUCGGGUUUAUUGUUCACUCCUGCCUCCACUGUUCUGUUCUCUCUGCAGGCCUACUGUGAUGCUGACUGGGCUGCUGACCCAGAUGAUAGAAGAUCCACCUCUAGGUCAGUUGUGUACUUAGGCUCUAAUUUGAUCUCUUGGUGGUCUAAAAAGCAAACUGUUGUUGCUCGUUCUAGUGCUGAGGCAGAAUAUCGCAGCUUGGCGCACACUGAUCGCUCGACUGUGUGA